UUUUUAACACAUGUCAACAUGGUCACAUGGAUGGUUUAAUAGCAAACCGCAAGGGACAUACUUCUGCUAAUUAACAAGUACAGUUUUUUCCCCGACGGUACGAAAAUGUCUCUCGAUCACAAAUUUAAUAAAGCUGCCGAGGAUAUUAAGGCAUUAACUGCAAGACCUACAGAUGAAGAGUUAAAAGAAAUUUAUGCCUUGUACAAACAAGCCACUGUUGGAGAUGUUAAUGUUGCACGACCUGGUAUGUUGGACUUCAAAGGUAAAGCAAAAUGGGAUUCUUGGGAGUCAAAAAAAGGCAUGUCCUGUGAUGCUGCCAAGGAAGCUUAUGUUGUGAAAGCGGAAGAAAUAGUAGCAAAGUAUAGUGCUUAAGACAUAUUAGUCAUACAAAGAGGGCAAAAUCUUCAAUCCUAUUUAUAGCACUCAUCCAUGUGAGGCUACAUUUACAUUUUUUCUUUCACUUUUUAUGCCCAGUUCUGUUAUUGCUGAUGAUUUUUUUAAUUACACAUCAGUAAGAAUGAAA